CAAAAACCCUCAAAACAAUAACCAAAAAAGCAGCUCCACUUGUUCAUUCUUCAACCCAAAUUUCAACAACCAAAUUCAUCUCCAAUUCAAAUGUGAAUUGCAUCAAAUUCCAAUGUCUUCGUGUUCAGUUGAGAAUCAAAACCCUAACAAUCCUUCCUCACCCUUAAACUGGUCAAAUCUCUGGCUCAAAAACAAAAAAGCCCUAGAUCAUGUCGUCAAUUCCACCAUUCGCCGCCGUUCCUUCUACCGUAAACCACCACCGCCUCCUCAACGGCCGUCCUACACACCACCGCCGCCACGCCGACCACCACCACCACCCCCGCCACGACAGCCGGAGAAUGCCUCUCCCUCUCCACCUAUCCAACAAAAUUUCAACGAAACCCUAGAAAAAGAAACCCUAAUUUCUGAUUUUCCCCAAAUUGGAUCUCACGAUUACACCUCUCUGCUUUCGGAUGAAAUGCUUCUGCGAAUCCUCUCGAAAGUUCCGGAGAAGUCGAAUUCGUUGGUGUCGAAAAGCUGGUUGAAUCUCAACGGUCGUUUGAUGAAGUCAAUUAGGGUUUUAGAUUGGGGUUUUGUGACAUCUGGUAGGAUGUUUACAAGGUUUCCUAAUCUUAUAGAUGUGGAUUUGCUUCUUGGAAGUGUGAUUACUAGUAAACAUACAAAAAAAUGGAAUCUUUCUUUAGGUUGUGAAUUUGGUGCCUUUUGUAUUGAUUCCGAUGUUUCGUUACCGAAUAAUCUUGAGUUGGUACCUGUUAGUGAAGUAGAUUUAGGGCUGCAAAGUCUGUGUGGUAAGUAUCCGAAUCUGCAGAGGCUUGUGGUUGCGAAUUGUAGUGAAAUCGGUUUGUUAAAUGUCGCGGAGGGGUGUCCAACGAUGCAAGAGCUCGUUUUGCAUCGUUGUGGUGAUCAGGUUUUGCGCGGUAUUGCAGCGUUCAAGAAUCUGCAAAUACUGAAGUUGAUUGGGACGGUUGACGGGUUUUACUCGUCUUUGGUUUCGGACAUAGGGUUGACGAUAUUGGCGCAAGGGUGUAAGAGGUUAGUGAAGCUGGAACUCAGAGGGUGUGAGGGGAGUUACGAUGGGAUCAGAGCGAUUGGACAGUGUUGUCAAAUGCUUGAAGAACUGACGUUUUGUGAUCAUAGGAUGGAUGAUGGGUGGGUAUCGGCUCUUUCGUUUUGUGAGAAUUUGAAAAGUUUGAGGUUGGUUUCGUGUAAAAGGAUUGAUGAAAGCCCGGGACUUGAUGAGCAUUUGGGUUGUUGUCGAAUGCUUGAAAGAGUGCAUCUGGAGAAAUGCCAGUUGCGGGAUAAGCAGAGUUUGCGGGCGUUUUUUCUCGUAUGUCAAUCGGUGAGAGAGAUGGUUGUUAAAGAUUGUUGGGGAUUGAAAGAUGGCAUAUUUUUUAAUGCCAGUCUUUGCAGGAGGCUAAAAUUCCUGUCACUAGAAGGAUGCUCAAGGCUAACAACAGGCGGUCUAGAAUUGGUGGUCCUUUCGUUGAAAGAAGUUGAAAAUCUCAGGGUUAUAUCAUGUAAAAACAUCAAGGAAGAUGAAGUGACUCCUGCACUCUCAACUCUGUUUUGUAAUCUUAAAAACUUGAAAUGGUCACCCGAUAACCAAUCUCUUCUCUCAACGAGUCUUCCGGGGUCUGGAAUUGGAAAACGAGGGGGUAAGUUUUUCAAAAAGUUGCAAAUUUGAACAGGUGGAGCUGUGAAUUUGUUUAUUGUGUACUUGUAGUAGCAGUGCAUUGCAAUGCACUUGUUGUAUACUUGUAGUAUUAUGAAUGUAUAAGGUAAACUUAUUUGCAUUAUUGUUGUAAUCAAGAAAGCAAUGUUUUAUGAUAUUGCUACCCUUGGCUUUAAA